AUGGUUAAACUUCCAAUCAAUGCCGCUGUGGCUAUUCAUCAACGUAAGAGUGUGCCCAUUCCAUGGUCUUGUGGAAGAUCAAUAGGCAGAAAUGUCAGUAUUAAUGUUUUGAAAAGGCGAGAUAUUUUGGUUACGAAUGCAAGCACUCCAGCACAAUCUGUUGAACUUGCGGUUACAAAUACAUCGCAAAAUGUUGGUCUUCCUAUAAUGGUAAAUGGUUGUACUGGAAAAAUGGGGAGGGCUGUUCUUGAAGCCGCCAUCUCUGCUGGACUUCACCCUGUUCCUGUAGCAUUAGGUGGUCCAGAAGAUAAUGGGAAAAUUGUGGAUGUUGGUGGAAAGGAGAUCAAAAUUCAUGGCACGUCUCAAAGAGAAGACAUUCUAUCUUCUGUUUUAAAUGAAUAUUCCAACUUGAUUGUGGUAGACUACACAGUCCCAGCUGCUGUGAAUGAAAAUGCUGCACUGUAUUGCAAAGUUGGAGUACCAUUUGUAAUGGGAACCACUGGAGGAGACAGGGAGCUGCUGUAUAAGACUGUUGCAGACUCAAAUGUUUAUGCUGUGAUCUCACCACAAAUGGGUAAACAGGUGGUAGCAUUUCUUGCAGCCAUGGAAAUUAUGGCAGAACAGUUUCCCGGAGCUUUCUCUGGGUAUCAAUUACAAGUGAUGGAGUCCCAUCAAGCUAGCAAAUUGGAUGUUUCUGGAACUGCUAAGGCUGUCAUCUCAUGCUUUCAGAAACUUGGAGUCUCUUUUGAACUAGAUCAGGUUCAACUAAUACGAGACCCCAAGUUACAAAUUGAGAUGGUGGGUGUCCCAGAAGAACAUAUAUAUGGCCACGCUUUCCAUAUGUAUCAUUUGACGUCGCCUGAUGGAACUGUUUCCUUUGAGUUUCAGCACAAUGUUUGCGGGCGAUCAAUUUAUGCAGAGGGUACGGUUGAUGCUUUACUUUUCCUUGCCAAGAAGGUUCAAUCGAGAGCAAACAAGCGGAUUUAUGACAUGAUUGAUGUUUUACGCGAGGGUAACAUGAGAUAA